AUGCAACCUUCAUCACCCUCUUCGAGCGUAAAUACUCCAAUCAACAACAACAACAACAACGGAGGAGGAAAUUCCACCUCGCAAAACGAUGAGUUUCAUGACGAAUUAGCUCGAGAUAUUAAAGAACACUUGAUGCAACAACAACAGCAACAACAACAAUCAAAAGUUGAAAUUAAACGACAAGUCUCCGAGGUGGAAGCUGAGAAGGAGAGAAAAAACUGGCUCAUUCAUGUGUUGUAUACUCGGCAAGAUAUUGAUGAAUGUUUACAGGUCAUUGAUGAGCAAAUGAAAGCUUGCGAAGGUCGUUGUGAAUUUGCCUUAUACGUUAAAGGCUUGAUCAAACGACAGCAAGGUGAUAUCGCUCAAUCUCUCCAAUUAUUUCAACAAGCAUGUAUUCUAAAUCCAAUGAAUCCUCAAAAUAUAAAACAAGUCGGAAAGAGCUUGUACUUGUUAGGUAAAUUCAAAGAAGCGAUUGAAAUUUAUGACGAGGCCAAAAAAAUCUCUCCACAAGACUGGGAAAUUUACCAUAACAAGGGUUUGUGCCAUGCAAACUUGGGUGAAUUUGAAAAAGCAGAAGACUGCUAUCAGAGGGCAAACUCUAUUCAUCGUCAUGACAUCACAUUCAUUGAACUCGGUAAAAUUUUCACAAUUCAAGAACGGUACGAAGAGGCCAUCGAUAUAUACCUUGAGGCACUUGACUUUUCUCCUGAAAAUCCCGAACUAUUAAGUACUGUGGGAUUGUUGUAUUUGAGGAUUGGUGAUAAUUUGAAAGCUUUUGAUUAUUUGGGAAAUUCACUCUCACAUGAUCCUUCAAAUCCAAAAACCAUUCUUGCUACAGGCUCAAUUAUCCAAGAUCAUGGAGAAAUGGAUGUUGCUUUGAGCAAGUAUAGAAUUGCAGCGAAAAAGAAUCCAAACUCGGCGCAGCUUUGGAAUAAUAUUGGCAUGUGUUUCUUUGGCAAGUUGGACUAUGUGACUUCGAUCGCAUGUUUGAAGAGAGCUCUCUAUUUGGCACCAUUUGAGUGGAUCAUUUCUUAUAAUCUUGGUCUUGUGCACUUGAAUACCAAACAAUAUGCAUCUGCCUUCCAUUACUUUUCGACUUCUAUCAAUUUGAAUCCAAAUUUCGCGAGCACUUACAUGUAUUUGGGGAUAACACUGAAUCGAUUGGAUGAUUUUGAAAAUGCUUGUUCAGCCUAUGAAAAAGCAAUUGAAAUGGAGAGUGACUAUUUGUUUGAAUUGAAUUAUGCCAUUACACUUUUUAAUCAUCAACAGUUAGAGCAAGCUCGUGUUCACUUUUUAGAAUUUGAAAGAUUAUUCCAGGAGGCUCAUUCGGGCGAAGAAGCCGAAGAAUGUGACGAUGAGUACAUUUUAGAGGCAAGGAAAAAAUUAUCAGCACUACUCUCUUAA